AUGCCAGUCGAUGAAGCGCCUGAAGAUGAUGAAAUAAGGGAGACUUACAACUUCGCGCCGGGGAAUAUCGGUGCCAUUUAUCGCGCCGACAUUCCCAAUUACAACCACGGCACAGAGCGUCCAACGGAUCAGGAACAAACCGAUCUAAUUGAGCCUGCUUCAUCAGAGGCGGAGGCAAACGUCCCAGCCACCUACAAACUUCAAGGCAUGAAAUGGGGCCUGGUGCCCUUCUGGACGAAGCGGCAGCCGGACUAUGGAUCGCUGAUGAAAACCAUCAACUGCCGGGAUGAUUCGCUGAUUGAAGACCGCGGAAUGUGGACGUCCAUGAAACGAAAAAAGCGCUGUGCAGUUGUUUGUCAGGGAUAUUAUGAGUGGCUGAAAAGGGGGACCGGAGGCAAGGACAGGAUACCGCACUUUACGCGGCGCAAGGAUGGGGAUUUGAUGUAUCUCGCCGGACUGUGGGACAGUGUCACCUAUGAGGGGACCGAGGAGAGGCUCUAUACAUUUACUGUUAUCACGACCUCGGCACGUCCAUCAUUGAGCUGGCUUCAUGAUCGUAUGCCGGUAAUCCUGGAGCCAAACACCGAGGCCUGGAAUGCCUGGCUAGAUCCGAAGCGGACGACCUGGUCAAAGGAGCUCCAGGCAGCCCUGAAGCCUUACGAGGGCGAGCUUGAUUGUUAUCAGGUGCCGAAGGAGGUGGGCAAGGUUGGGAACAACUCGCCGGAUUUCAUAGUUCCCGUCGACAGCAAAGAGAAUAAGAGCAACAUCGCGAAUUUCUUUGCGAAUGCGAAGAAGAAGAGCGAGCCGACAGAGAAUGAAAGAAAAGACGCUGUCGCGGUUAAAGAAGAGGAUGCUGCGCAAUCUGCGUCAGGGGUCAAGAGAGAACAUCCGGACACCGCGAAUAAUGGGGCAGGAGAGGACGCAAAGAAACGUAAGACACUUUCACCUGCCCCUUCUCCAGUCAAGCCGUCGACACCGGGCUCUGCCGUGAAGUCGAAGCAAAUGCACAGCGCGACGCACAACCAGAAAUCGCUGAAGAAAUCACAGCCAAAGAAGGCGAGUGCUGGGACCCCACAGAUAACCAACUUCUUCUCCAAAUAG